AUUCGCCUCAAGUGGCGGUCUUGUCGAAUUCUCAAUAAACGGGACAUUGUCGUGGGAUGGACAUGGACACUUAAAAUAAUUUUGCAGUUUUUAAGAUGAUGCUCGAGCAACAGCGUGAUCCUUUAUAAAACUCGCAUUUGGCUUAAAUCAUAAUGUCGAGUCUGGUCGAUGUUUUCACUGAUAAAGGAACGACAAACUGGUUGAAGGCAUGGCUGGCAGUGGAUAUUGCAAAGUCAGGAUUAGAUCAGUUCGCGGAUAACGAGGCUAAAACUGUACAUGCCAAUAUAUACAACGCUGUCUGGUCAAGUGGUCAGUUUCCAGCUAUGUGCAUUGGCUGUUGCACCGCAAAUUUGCUGAAAUGCCCAACACCAGGAAUAUGCAAUAAACGAGGUAUAAACAGCGUAUGUAAGGGUAUGCAUGAUACCAUAGCAAAGCAACCUCGACCUUGUCCUACUAACGUGUGUAAUAAAGUUCUCGACGAAAUUAAAACUCUGCACAAAUUUUCCAUUCCUUCUUGGAAAAACACAAGUGCAGAGCAAUGGGCACGUAAUCAUUGGGAAAUUGCCAAGGCGUAUUUACCUAAAGACGGAUAUGCUGGAAAGAGUUCAGUCCAAGAUACAGACUUCAACGGAAUCAUCAGUUUUAUGAUGAACUGCAAACACUUCGAUAACAAGUUUUCUUUUCCUAUUGCUACCGGAAAACACAGUCCUCCGUGUCUACUGACUAUGGCGCGAGAAAUUGGCAGAACUGUCCGUCAUUCGUCCCAGUGUAAAGUCACCGACGCAGAUCUCCAGGACAUCUUCACAACACUGACUAACCUGCUUAGUGACCAAACGAGUCUUACACUUGACGUCACUGCUCUGGAGGCUGUGAAGAAACUAGCAGAGCUGCAAAAGGAGACAUUAAAGAUAACCACGGGGGAAAUGAUUCAUUUACUAGACGCGGCAAACGAUACACUCAAGAAAGUUCAAAAUAUUGCUGAUAAAUCUCUGGAUGAGAUGCAGGUGUACCUUAAACAGUGUAAAAAGGAUUUAAAGUCACACACAGACAAAUGUAAACAUGAACUGAAUGACCAUACUGCCAAAUGUACAAAGGCCAUAUAUGGACAUGCUAGCAAGGCUGUGGAAUCAACCUAUGCGCAAUCUUGUAAAGAUUUUCGCGAAAGUUUGAUUGGGUUCUAUACGACGGAGAUGAGUACUGUGUCUGUUUCGCCGCUAUGGAUGGGUCUUGACAAACCCAUCUUUGAUAUUUUCGUGCAACCGAAAUUGAGUCUUUACAAUAUUGAGAAAGAUGGAUCUCGAACAAAAGCGAACAAAGCGAUUAACAAAUACAUGGACUUUUUUUACAGCGAUAUAAAGGUCAAACGUGUGUUUGUUCAAGGAGACCCCGGAAUAGGAAAGUCUACAUUCCUAACUAAACUUGUGCUUGACUGGUGCAACGUAGUAUAUGUGCACAAUCCUGAUAACAAAGCUACAUUUACUGAUGCUAAAACGUUGAAGGACUUUCAAUUUCUGUUUCACAUUUCACUAAGAGAUGCAAUGGGUCAGCGUGAGGUUACAGAAAUGAUCAAAGCACAAAUAAUCGACAACAUGUACACGGGCGCUAAACAAACAAAGGUUUUUGAGCUUUUACAACAAAUCCUUGAACGAGAGACUUGUCUCAUUACUAUGGAUGGACUUAACGAGUGGGCUGAUCAUUUGAAUCAGCUCGUUAUACCUAGAAUUGCAAGCUCUCAUACAAACUGCGUAUCGAUAAUAACAACACGACCGUGGAGAAUGGCGGACGAGCGGAUCAAAUGUUCUGAAAUUGGCAGGCUGCUAGAAAUUGAAGGGAUAACAGAUUCAGAACAGCUAAUUAAGCAAACAAUACUCAGUCUUCAGACUGGUAACAACAGGACAUUCACUGAUUUCAUGACGUUCGUUAACGAACGUCACUUUAUGCAUUUUCUUACGUCGCCCUGGCUACAGGCGUUGAUAGCUAAUCCAUGUGCAGAAGAGUCUGGAGACGAUUCCCAAGCAAGGAUAUCAGAUUCGCGGUCUGAAAUACCGUUACAUGACAUGUCUGAAAUUGAGGUAGUGGUGGAAAAUGGCAGUGUUGAACUCCAUGUGAAGACGCCACUGGAGACGAUUCCCAUGUACAUGUUUCUGAUUUGCGGUCUGAAAUACUCUCAUGUGACAUGUCACUAA